CCUGAGUUGACUCCAACUCCGACAGCCCAGACUUGCCGUCGCUCCAGCGGAGUGUUCGCCUCCACGGACGCGUUAUGGGGGGAAGGCUGGUCCUCGCGCCGUGCCAGUGGAGGGAUUAGCCGCCCGGAGCGGCUGCGCGGCUUCCCGGCUCCAGAAUAUGCUCUCCAGCCCGCUUCCCGUGAGGUCGCCGGAGUGGACGCGCUGUCUGCGGGCUGCUGUCGACACCACGCGGUGAACGCUUUGCAAUGCCCUCGCUGCCUGUCCCACCUGUCAACUAGGCUCCUUCUCGUCCUCCUCCUCCUCCACCGCCGCCUCCUCCUGCUCGCACCGCCCGCCUCGCCCGGAUGGCUCACUGCGGCUCCUCCGAGCCCGGAGCGAAGGCGUCGGCGCCGCCGCGGCCGGACGGCGCCCCGCAGCAGCCGCCCUCGCAGGGCGGCGUCGACCAGAGCAUGAAGCCGGUGCUGUUCGAGAUCUUCGGGGAGAUCUGGACGGUGCAGUCGCGGCUCGGCCAGGGCGUGUCGGCCUCGGUGUACCGGGUCAGCUCGGGCAGAGCCACCACCGCGGCCGUGAAGGAGUUCCAGGCCGACACUCAGGGAGGGGAUUACGGGUACCACAAGGAGAGGACCGUGCUGGAGGACAUCCAGGGACACAAGAACAUCGUGACCCUAUACGGGGUCUUCACGAACCACAACUGCAUGGGCGUCUCCACCCGCUGCCUCCUGCUGGAGCUGCUGGAUGUCAGCGUGUCGGAGCUGCUGGUGAGGGGCAGCAGCGGCGCCCAGGGGGGUCGGCCCCAGCAGGGACACUCCAUGUGGCUCGUCCAGCACUGUGCCCGGGACAUCCUGGAAGCGCUCGCCUUCCUCCACAAGGAGGGCUACGUUCACGCCGACCUCAAACCGCGCAACAUCCUCUGGAGCGCCGACGACGAGUGCUUCAAGCUCAUCGACUUCGGCCUCAGCUUCAAGCAGGGAAACCAGGAUGUGAAGUACAUCCAGACGGACGGGUAUCGGGCUCCCGAGGCCGAGCUGCAGAACAGCCUGGCCCAGGCCGGGGUGGAGAUGGAGGGCGACUCGGGCUGCACGGCCGCCGUGGACCUGUGGAGCCUGGGCAUCAUCCUGCUGGAGAUGUUCUCGGGAAUCAAACUCAAGGACACCGUGCGCUCCAAGGAGUGGAAGGACAACAGCGCCGCCAUCAUAGACCACAUCUUUGCCAGCAACAGCCUGGUGUGCCCCGCCAUCCCCGUCUAUCACCUCAGAGACCUUAUCAAGAGCAUGCUCCUCAACAACCCAAAGCAGCGCUGCACAGCCGAAGCGGCCCUCCGGAGCCCGUUCUUCAGCAUCCCCUUCGCGCCCCACAUUGAAGACCUGGUCCUGCUGCCUUCUCCCGUCCUUCGUCUGCUCAACCUCAUCGACGACAGUCACCUGCACAAUGAAGAGGAGUACGAAGAUAUUCUGGAGGACAUGAAGGAGGAGUGCCAGAAGUACGGCUCAGUAGUUUCUCUGCUCAUACCCAAGGAGAACCCGGGGAAAGGACAGGUGUUUGUGGAGUACGCCAACUCCAGCGACUCCAAAGAGGCCCAGCGGCUGCUGACGGGACGCACGUUCGACGGGAAGUUCGUGGUGGCCACGUUUUACCCCCUGAGCGCCUACAAGCGAGGCUACCUGUACCAGACCGUGCAGUGACGUCCCCGAGAUCAGUUUACACUCCUGCGUCAUCCAUUCACGCAUUUCCACUAAAGCACAGGCGCCGCGGGGGGCGGAGCUUCACGGGCCGGCUGAAAUCGUCCCACCACAGGCUCAAAUGCACCGAUAUGGCCGUCUUAACCCCUAUCAGCUCUGUGGUUAUGGCCAAAAAAAACAUUUUAUUUAUUUUAGAAAGCUUAAAAUACAAAACACUAAACAAAAGCAGCUAAAUAACAGCGUUAGUUUUAGGGUAAAUUCUAAACUUGUAGGAAGAAUCUCCAUGAAAGUUCAGUUUAACUCGCAGAGUUCUUAAUCAUAAAUCAUAAUUGAAGCGCCUUGACUGGGUUUUAUAACUUUAGUCAAUUUACACUAAAAUCUGUGAAAUACAUUAACUCAGGAAUAUCAGAACAUGUCCUGAAUAUUAACGCAAAUGUCCAAACACUGAAACUGUGUCAAAAGUAUAGUGGACGAUGCUCUCAGCCUAUGAAUUCCAGGAUGCGAAUCUCAACUAUUGGUCCUCCAACAUGUCAGUCACGCUGCAGAAAUGCUUGCGUAACGCCGUCAAGCGCGCUCGUUCCCGUUAUCUGCGCAUGCCCAUUCAGAGUGUUUAUGUAGCCCAUGAGCUUCGGUUUCAGCCAGUACUUACCGAUGGCGAGUCUGACAUAAUGAAACUGUAACUGUUCAGGAAAAUAAGCUUUAUGAGCGA